AUGCCGAGGAUCCGCGCGCAUCCGAGUGCAUCAACCAGCGGAGUUGUGCAGAUUAGUCAGGAGUGCUCGAGCCUAAUCCUCCACCAUAAUUCAAUCCUGAUCAGCCACUAAUCAUCUGGCUCUUCUCAUAACGUUGGUCAGUUUGUCGAGUUGUUCUGGUCGGGUUUGCUUUGCAACAUUCACAGCAGCAUCGUUCCGAUGAGACGCCGGACACGUCGCAGUGUUUUCCACCUGGCCGUCUUCGUUGGCAUCCUCGGCCUCAUCCUCUUCCUCAAUCGACCAUCUUCCCCCGGUCGGUCCUUCGCCUGGACCACCGUCUCCUAUGUGACCACGGCGACCCGCCUCCCCGAGCCUCGGGGCGAGUGUCCAGGCCUGACGGAGACGGACAAGCCCGUCCUGGUCGUGUCGCGGAUCACGGCCGAUGACUCCGGGUGGCUCGCGCCACUAGCGGAACAGUAUCAUCUCUGCGUGUACACUGCGGAUGCGCCGCCAAACCCCCGUAGCACACAUCUGCAGGUGCCUGCCAACCGGGGCCACGAGGCAAUGGGAUAUCUGACCUUCCUGAUCGACAACUACGCCCAUCUCCCUGCAGCCGGGAUGGUAUUUGUGCAUGGUUCCCGUUGGGCUUGGCACAAUGAUGCGUCGGACUAUGACAAUGCGGCGCUGCUGGCGGCAUUGAACGUCUCUGCGGCCAUGGCCCCCUGGGGCUACCACAAUCUUCGCUGUGACUGGAGCGUCAGCACCUGCUCCCCCAAGGUACCCGCCCAGGGCAGCUUAGAGCUGUCGCUACAGUCGGUGCUUGAGCCGUGGAGCGCGCGGACGGCCUCCGACAUUGCUCUACCGGGCGCGUUGGCCUCCCUAUUUAGCCGCGACCAGGUCAGCCUGGAUUUGGAGGGCGCCCGAGUCCUCCUCGGUCGAAACGAUGCGGUGCGCGCGCAGUGUUGCGCGCAGUUCGUUGUCAGCCGCGAGAGUGUCUGGCAGCACACCCGGGAAGAGUAUGUCGCAUUACGGCAGUGGCUGCUUGAUGGCAGCGACGACAGCGCUCAUAGUCCAGCUGCACCGAACCGUCGCGCAGCGCCGCGGGAUGACCGCAUCGCGGGUCGGAUCCUGUCGUACGUGUGGCAUAUUCUGUUUAUUAAGCACGAGGCCCUGCGCGCCGAGGGAUCGGCGGCCAUUAGCCUGGAGCGACUAAACACGGCUGGCUGCCCGCGGGCGGAUGAGUGCUACUGUCGAUUGUAUGGCCGGUGUAAUCUGGAUUGGUGCAGUGCGGAGAGUUGCUAUGGACAGUAUCAGUUGCCUCCAGACUUCAAGGUGCCGGCGUGGGUGAUGGAGAGGGGACAGACCUGAGGGGACGAGUAGUGGAAGGAAGGAAUGUAUAGAGAGAGAGAGAGAGAGAGAGAGAAAGAGAGAGUAGGACAAUGAACACCAUCCCCCCCAUCGUUGAUUGUUUGCACCGAAUGACUGGAGUUGCCGGCCUGAGGCAAGGGGCCGCUCAGUCCCCAGGCAGUAAGGAAUGAAUCGCUCAUGCAACCAGCUACCUUAGCCACCGAAGGGAGCACUUCACCUCCCACACAAACGAUGCCAGCAACUUCUGUC